GCUGUAACGUCAUGCUCGACUCUAAACCUCACCCACCCUCCCAGAGGCGAGCAGCUCUUUCACAGGCACAGGCGCAGACGGACUGACUGGCUGGAGCUGUAGCGGAUUGCCGUAGUUAGCGGACACACUGCACAAUGCGUGAAUACAAGUUAGUCGUCCUCGGAUCAGGAGGUGUCGGCAAGUCUGCGCUGACUGUUCAGUUUGUCCAAGGGAUCUUUGUGGAAAAGUAUGACCCCACAAUAGAAGACUCAUACAGAAAGCAAGUGGAGGUGGAUGGACAGCAGUGUAUGUUGGAAAUUCUGGAUACUGCCGGAACGGAACAAUUCACAGCAAUGAGGGACCUGUACAUGAAGAACGGCCAGGGCUUUGCACUAGUAUACUCUAUAACAGCACAGUCCACCUUCAAUGAUCUGCAGGACUUGAGAGAACAGAUUCUGCGGGUCAAAGACACGGAUGAUGUGCCGAUGAUCCUGGUGGGUAAUAAGUGUGAUCUGGAAGACGAGAGGGUGGUCGGGAAGGAACAGGGCCAGAAUCUCGCCCGUCAGUGGAACAGCUGUGCUUUCCUGGAGUCCUCUGCAAAGUCCAAGAUUAACGUCAAUGAGAUCUUCUAUGACCUGGUCCGGCAAAUCAACAGGAAAACUCCAGUACCUGGAAAGGCACGCAAAAAGUCUACCUGCCAACUGCUCUAAUAUACAGCUGUUCUUUUGCUCUGAGCCAGGUCUGAUUUACUGCUGUCUUUCAGCAGUGCCAGCAUUCCGACGUUACUAAAACCUAACAUCGAAUGGACUUUCCUAUGUGGUGAUGCCCCUUUAAUAAACCAACCAACCAACCGACCGACAACCAACCAAUGGAUUCAAGGCUACAGUACCAUGACAGUUUUUUGCACAUAGAUAACCAUCAUCACUUUCCAAUGUCGCGAGAAAGAGAUUUUUACAUAUAAAUAUAUAUUCUAACUGUAUGCAACUGAAUAAAAAAAAUUUAAUGAGUAAACGAAUACAGAGCUAGACAAAAAGAAUUUAAAAAAAUACAGAGCCUACACGCAGUGUUAUCGCUAACAGAGACAGCACCGUUGUAAAUGUAAGGAGGGAAUGUCUAACCAGGCUGUGCACGUUGCCAUGGCAAUUACAAUGAUAUUUAUAAGCACCACUAUUUUAGCCAGAGAGGAGAGGAAGUCCAAAGAGCUCCUAUAUAAACCAUUCUUACAGCUAACUUUCACUCCUUUUUUUUUUUUUUUUU